AUUUUAUCAGAGUGUAUAAUUUGUGGGCAGUGAGGCGAGUGCGCGGGCUGUGCGCAGUCCAUAGAGAUGAAGGCAAAAACGAUUCUCACCCUUGUGGGCGUGUGUUGUUUUACGUUCGCCCUCUGCACCUCCGGGGGCGGGGUGACGGAUGGGGUGGUAGAAGAGCCAAUGGGGCUCGAGCCGGCCGGAGAGGGAAAGAGAGAGGUUCAGAGGCCGGAAGUGGUCCUUCAGCUGAAGUACGACGGAGGGGCGUUGAAUAGGAUAUACCUCGCGCAGUUCAGACAGGGCCAGAGGGCGCCCUCAGUGCCGACCCGGACCGAUCUCUGUGCGGACCUUUGUCACGCAGGUCUGGGCGGCACCGCAUGCGGCGCCAGCUGCCCGCAGCUGAUGCCGGUGGGUCUUCAGAAUGCGCUGUCCGACGGCAACACCACCGAUGUAGUGUACGGCAAGCCUAGAGUCUAUGUGUGCCCAACUCUCUGCGAGAAUCAUCUUGGCGAGCCGUUGUGCAGUUGCAGUGACAGAAACGAGCGGGUGACACGGAAGGAGGUCGACUGGAGCGGAAUAUGUGAUACAUUCUGUAUCACCGACAGAUACGUAUUGUCUGGUUGUCCAGCAUGUCGCGAGAACUAUCCGUCGGCAGUAACACCGGAAUACGCUAUGGUAAGUCGCCUAAACACCGCGGAAAGCUGGUCAUCAUGGUGCAACGUGCAAUGCCGCCAGGGCCAAGGGGGAGCCGCUUGUAACUGCGACCGCGCCCCAUUCCAAUAGGUCACAUAACGCCAAUAGGCCAUAUAACACCAACAGGCCACCAAACACCAAUAGGCCACGGAACGCCAAUGUGUCGUGCAACGCCAAUAGGUCAGCAAUGAUCAUUUAUCGGAUACAGUAUUGCAUUAUUUACUUAAAAGUAUAAUUUCUAU